AUGGAUUCUUCAAUGGAGAUGGACUCAGAUGAAUAUGAAUACGAGUAUCAUGAUACAGAGACAGAGAGCUUUUAUCUAAAUCUAGAUCUUACCUCUGCCAACGGCCCAAUCCGCCCUCCUCGAAGAAGGAAUGACGAUUCACACGACAUAUCUGUUGUAGAUCAUGAACCUUAUGAUGGCCCUAAUGACCCCCCCGAGGGUGAUGCCUUUGGACCUCUCGACAGUACCGAAGCAGCCACGUUGCCCGGCGAGCGAAUCCAGCUCCUUGGCCUCCACACGUGCAACCCAAUCGUCUCCUACCAGAACCAAAUCUUCAGCUGCUCAUGGGCCGACCAGAUUGGUACAGAGCUAGUAUUUACCCACCCAGAUGCAGUGCCGGACACGGACUACCCGCCCCUGUGUCAGGGUCCUAGCUUUGAGCUGCUCGCCGCCAAUAGUGUCAAGAUCCUGGGUCGCAAAGCGAACAUCAUCUCUAGCUCCGGCCCCAGAUUGGUCCCUGAUAAUGUCCAUACCCCCAACUCUAUUCCAACCGACACGGACCCAUCCAGCACGUUGCCUGCAGACCCUGUGGGCAUGACCCUUCGCCCUGACACCUCGACGCAUCAGUCCAACUUCAUCCAACGGCUACAGAAUAUGAAAACCGCACAGGGUGAGUCGGAUACUGUGCGCACGACCAUGAGUACCCGGCGCAACGUGAACUUUUCCGACCGUUUGAACGCGUGGGCUAGGACCGAAGCCCAAGUGGCGGAGAUCGCCAGCUUGAAUCAACGCGCUGCAGACGGAGACGAGGAGGCACUGGAUAUCCUGGAGAUGAUGAUCCGCGACCUAGAUGGUGUCAAUGACACUCAAGAUGCCUUGUGA